AUGGCGGCAAUAAUGGCAGCGUUUGCGGCUUCAACGCCUUUACCAUCAGAUUACCUUAAAUCAGAUUCUAGAAUGUUUUUUUCAUAUCAUCCAGAAAAUACUUCAUUUCAAAAAGGUUAUUUAGGUAUAGGAGUAACAACAAUAUCUGGUACUCUUCAUAUAAGAUUUCCACAUGCAGUUGCUGCUAAAUUUAUCACAUUAAAUUUUAUUGGAAGGGAAACUGUUGAGUGGGUCGAUCUAAAAAAAAUUCGGGCGGAAAGAAUUAUUAUAGAUAAAUCAUAUAAAUUAUGGGAAUCUUCAACUGAAUUAGGUCAUGAAUUAAUAACGGAUUUAGAUUUACCUUUUGAUUUUGAAAUUCCUGAAGAUGCUAUUGGUUCAUUUCAAUCUCAAUUCGGAAAAGUACAAUACACUUUGAGAGCUACAAUUUAUCGUAAACCAAGAAGAAAGAAACAUUCAAUCGAAGUUUUGGUCCCAUUAUCGAGGUGGACUAUUCCAACUGAUCAAGAAAUAAGGCCUUUGGUAAUAAAAUCCCAUGCUAGACAUCGUAAGGUACCUAUAUCUUGGCAAGCUGUCUUACCUCAAACAUUUUUUGACGUCAAUAGUGAAGCUUUGAUAAAGUUAAAAUUAACUUCUCAGAAACCUGAUCUACGUGUACGGAAAAUUAGUACAUGUUUAAAAACCUUUGUUCAAUAUUUCGUGGACGGUCGACCUGAAGAACGUCAAAGAUUACAUUCAAAACAUGUUAUAACUGGUAAUGAUGUUAUGAUGACUCCUGUGGGUACUAAUACAACAUUUGAGGCAAAUACUAUGAUAAGGAUUCCUUCGAAUGUACCUCCUACCGGUAAAACAAAAUAUAUGUCAAUCAGAAAUCAAAUUCAAAUUAAAGUCACUUUUGAACGGUCACGUCAUAAUGUGAUGAUUACGAGAGAAAUAAUCGUAGGAAGAAAUUUCUUGAAUGAUAGUUCCGCGGCGGAUAUGAGAGAUUCUAUGGAUUACUUUUCUGAUUCCGAAUUUAAAUAA